UCUCUGGACCGGUGCGCGGUGUGACGCGCACACAUGACAACCUGCACGAGAAUGUUGCAGACAGAACGGGCGCGCGCAGUAGGCUAAGCACGCGCAGGUUGGUCAGUAAUGCAGCUCUCACGGGCAACAGACCGUAGUUUGGGAUACGUGGAAACACGCGAGAAACCGGAGACGGGCUGAGUAACGUAACGGUGUCGGAUAUGACAACGGACCGGAGUAUGAGAGGACAGGAGCGCGAGACUCGGAGAGAACAGUAAAACACGCGCAUCUCCCCGUCCUGCCUCACCGGAGACAUACAGCUCUGCAAACAACGGCAGGAACAGAUGGCACGAGCUUCAACGGCGUGGUCCCGCGAUCCAAGAAGGAGCGGAUUUAGCUGAUGGUGCAUCUUCAACAGACACACACACACACACACACUUCACCCCCGCCCGCCGUCUCCUGCGGUAGCUAGGAGGAACUAGCAGGAAACGCUCCGCAGUCAAGAUAUUGUGAAGGUGACCUUGACCCUGAAAGGUGAAAGGUCAUCAUGUUCUAUGGAUCCUCAUCAGCCAGUAUGUCUCUGCCUUCAAAGAGUCGCAUCAAACGCCAGAGCAAGACCUUCACACAGGUGCUCACCGCGACUCUGAGUUAUCGGGAUCGGCGGUCAGUGACGGAGGAGCUGGUUGCCCCUGACGACCCUGCGGAGUUGUCCACGGCCACGGCGACGGCCCCAGGUGUGCUGAAGGUGUUUGGCGACGCGCUGACGCUCGGCGUGGGCACCAACUACAAGAGCGUGCUGGCCACGCCCACAUCCAGUGCCAUGGAGAUCGUCAAGGAGGCGCUCGAGCGCUAUGGCCUCGGCCGCCACAACGCCCACGGAUACGUGCUCUGCGACGUGAUUGGCCGGCUGGACGGGCCGGAGCGCCGAUGGAGGACGCAGUGCCUGCGGGCUCUUAGCAACAACGAGAAGCCCCUCCUCCUGCAGGACCUGUGGAAGCCCAAAGAAGGACACGCACGCCGCUUUGAGCUCCGCCUACGCACUGAAGUGGACGAACUGAGCAGCCGCGACAGAGAUACAGUGACCGCAGUUAAAGGUGGGUACAACAGAUCCCAUCGAAGGUCCCCCCAUGGUUGUCGAAUGGUUCAACCCAGCACACCCAUACUUAAAGAUAUUAACGCUCAGGCUCGUAAGGUGCAGCGGAAUCGUGCCAAGGGGACGAUGACUCUCUCCCGCUCGUCGCUCUGUCGCUCCCUGUCUGAGACCAGCCUGACCAUGGGGGGCGGGGCUGGGGAGGGUGAGGAGCCAAAGCGCUAUUACUCCACCCUGCCUGGGCCAAUCAGGGCACGGUCAGCACGCGACGGCACCCGUGAUGUCAUGAGGGGUGAGCAGAGGAAGGAAGGACGAGACGGAGGCGGGACUAGACACUCUCUCUACCAAUCACCUGAUGGAGGGGGCGGGGCUAGACACUCUCUCUACCAAUCGCCUCACCUCCUUCUGCUCCAAGGCUUCAACAGACAGGACUGUCUUGUGUAUCUGUUGAACAGAGAGCAGCACACGGUCGGCAUGGAGACGGCCUCUGUGCGUCCGAGCAUCUGUCUGUCCUCUCCGGACAUCCUGCCUCUCCACUGCCUCCUCCGUCGCCAUGGUAACCAGCGGCUGCUGGUGGAGCCCGUCGCCCACGGCAACGUGCAGGUGAACUUCUCACGUGUGGAGCGGCCCACAGCGCUUCGCCAUGGCGACCUGAUCUCCUUCGGGGCCCACUACGUCUUCCUGUACAAGGAGCCCCUGGGGGCGGGGCCUCUGCCCACGCACACGUUGGCACGGUUACGGCUUCUGGGGUCAGGGGUCACGGAGGAGGGCGGAGUCUGCCGCAUGUGUGGCUCCGCCUUCAGAGAACGUCCACCCUCCAGGAAGGGUGUGGCCAAAACACACACCACGCCGACACACACACACACACACACACACACACGGCCGCCACGCAGGCCCCUACAGCUGGAGUUUGAGCCCGCCCAUGAGGACGCGCUGCUGCAGCGAAUCACGACACUCGUGGAGCCCAGCGGAGACGAGCACAAGCUAAGCCCCGCCUUCCUGCUCUGUCUCUGCAUUCAGCACUCGGCCAAUCAGCUCAGCCCUGGCAGCUACGCAGCCAAUCAGCUCAGCCCUGGCAGCUACGCAGCCAAUCAGUUUAGCCCUGGCAGCUACGCCACCCUGAUGCUGAAGAUCGCCCGCCGCAUACAGACCAUCGCCUGGGAGAAGACGAAAGAACUCGCCCAGAAGCAAGCUCAACAUCAGGACCCUGCCUCUCUCUCCCUGCUGAGUAUCUCAGAUCUGAGUCCUGAUCUGCAGUCCAUCUUCUUCUGGAUGUCCAACUCCAUCGAGCUGCUCUACUUCAUCCAGCAGAAAUCCCCCAAAUACACACAGUGUAUCGAGCAGCUAGACACAGGUUCCAAGGAAUCCCUUCUUUCUGCCUCCAUCUCAGUCAGUGAGGAAGCCAUGAGUGUCCUCGAGGAAGUCAUCAUGUACACCUUCCAGCAGUGUGUUUACUACAUCACCAAGUCUCUCUAUGUAGUGCUGCCUGGGCUGCUGGACUGCAACCCUUUUGGUUGUGAGCGGAAUGUUGGUGGGGAAGGAGGCGUGGUUCCAGAGCCUGUGGGCGGAGUUCUGCAGGUGUUCCAAGUGACACAGGAACUGCUGGCUGUCUUCCUGGUUCAUCCAGACAUACAGAAGCAGAUGUACGCUUACCUGUUCUUCUUUUGCAACGUGUCUCUCUUCAACCAACUCAUGGAGAAGGGUCCAUCUCGGGGCUGGUUCCAGCGUUCUCGUGUUCUGCAGAUCCAGGCCUGUGUGCAGCUGGUUCUGGACUGGGCCAAAGGGGCGGGGCUUCAGUCACUAACAAACAAAUUCUUCAGGAAGAUCUCCAGUGUCCUCGCCAUACUAGCCACGCCCCCUCAACACCUUACACAGAUGAACUGGAGGACCCUCUCUCAGGAGUAUUCGUGUCUGAAACCAGUCCAGCUGCACAGGAUUCUGCUCCAUUAUCAACAGAAUACUGACAUCACCACUGUUCUGCACUGGACUCCAACCAAUGAGGAUGAGACCUAUGUCUGCAGAACAGUGGACCUGCUAGAGAGUUUUGAGAAUCAUCCUCCCAUUGUGCUACCGACUGCUGGGUUCCAUAUCGACUUGGAGGGAGAGAGCGUGGAGGAGCCCUUAUACAGACAGCUGCUCUACAUCAAGCACUUCCUGUGGGGACUCCGCCAGAGGGAGGUUCCCCCGGUCUCGUCCAGUCCUCGUCCAUCAGAGCAGGUUACCCAGGUAACCCAGCCCAGAGGGGAGGGAGAGGGGGAGGGGGAGGAGAGAGGGAGAGGAGGAGAAGGAGAAGAGAGAGGGAGAGAGAGAGGCAGAGGAGGAGAAGGAGAAGAGAGAGGCAGAGGGGGAGAGGGUGAGGAGAGAGGGAGAGAUAAAGUCCAGAGGAAUGGGUUAGUCAUGAGGCAGGGAUCGCAGCUGACCUCUGACCCCUCCUGCCUCCUCACGCCGCCCCACACACCCCUCUACCCGGACGCAGGGCUCACCACACACACCGCUGUCUUCUCCAGCACACACACCUACACGCCACCUCAACAUGCCAGUCUCCACGACGACGCACAAACAAACGGCCUCGCUGAAGGAAGUGAGAAGGGACACGUCUGCAUCACAGCCUCCAGAGCCAAUGGCAUCAUCACCAACGGUGUAGAAGGCUCCCUGGGUGGGUUCCCUUUCCCUGUUCCUGGUUGCCGUGGUAACAGCGUGUGUUCCGUGUUUGUAGUGGAGCUGGAGAAGGGACCUUACGGGCUUGGCAUGGGUCUGAUCGACGGCCUGCACACGGAGUUGAAGGCUCCAGGAAUCUAUGUGCGGACGUUAAUCCCAGACGGCCCUGCAGCUUCAGAUGGUCGCCUCCGAAUCGGAGAUCGCAUCCUAGCCGUUAACGGAGCCAGCCUUAUAGGAGCGGAUUACCAGAGUGCGGUGGAUCUCAUCCGACUGGGCGGUGGACGUCUGCGACUCCUCAUCGCUAAAUCUGAUGUGGAGAUUUCAGCCAAAAUCAGCGCCUCUUCCUGCUGACCUGCACAUGGACACACACACACACACACACACAUGCAAAUACACACACACACACACACACACACACAUGCAAAUACAGAGUGCAUGCACACAAACACAUACAAACAUGUACAGAUGAAAUCAUACAUGUAUAGACCACACACACACACACAUGUAUAGACCACACACACAUACACAUGUACAGACCACACACACAGUAUGUACAGACACAAACACACACACGCUCAGACCAAACACGUACACAUACACCCUUCCACACAUGCCUUAUGUUCAGGUUCCAGGCCUCUGACUUGUAGUUGCACUGACACACACACACACACACAAUAGAGAAAUGCACAGUGCCGUGAUAACGUGUUAUUUGUUUUGUAAAUAAAAUGAACCUCAAUGUGUGUAAAGGACACAUAUGUAGCCGUUUAAGGAGGCUUCUGGCCAUUUCAUAGCAUUUCAGAGUGCACACCAGAAUACAAUGGAAUACUUAAACAAUCUCUUCAUAUCUCAUGCAUCAAUCUUAUCACACACACAAACACACAUCAUAGAUAUCAUCUGUAUCUUAUACUUCAUACCUCAUGCAUCAAUCUUGUUGCAAUCUUAACCCUAGGAAAUACUCCUAAUACUCCUAAUAUCCCUUACAGUCCCUAAUACUCCUAAUACCCCUUACAGACCCUAAUACCCCUUACAGACCCUUAAACCAUACUCACCCCUUACAGACCCUAAUACUCCUAAUACCCCUAAAACCCCCUAAUACCCCUUACAGACCCUUAAACAAUACUCUCCCCUUACACUGAAAUAAUAUUUUCCAUGUUCUUUAAACUAUUCUGACCCCUUGCUCUAAAACCAUACUGACUCCAUACUCCAUACUUACCCCUUUUUCUGAAACCAUACUUACUGCUUUUUCUUAAACCAUACUCUAAAACCAUACUUACCCCUUUUUCUGAAACCAUACUUUAUCCUUUUUCUGAACCAAUACUUACUCUAAAACCAUACUUACCCCUUUUUCUGAAACCAUAUUUACUGCUUUUUCUUAAACCAUACUUACCCCUUUUCCUGAAAUCAUACUUACCCCUUUUUCUUAAACCACACUUACUCCUUUUUCUUAAACAUACUAACUCCAUACUCUAAAACCAUACUUACCCCUUUUUCUGAAACCAUACUUACUGCUUUUUCUUAAACCAUACUGACUCCAUACUCUUAAACCAUACUUACCCCUUUUCCUAAAAUCAUACUUACCGUUUUUUUUUUCUGAAAUCAUACUUGCUCCUUUUUCUUAAACCAUGUUUGCCCCUUUUUCUUCAAUCAUAUGUAUCCGUUUUUCUGAAACUAUACUUAAUUCUUAUUCUAACAACAUACUUAAUUCUUAUUCUAAACACUAAGCAAUGAUGGUGUAGUGCAGGUGCUUAACCCAAGUUGUACUCUUGAGCAAGGCACUUAACCCAAGUUGUACUCUUGAGUAAGGCACUUAACCCAAGUUGCUCUGUCCCUGUGAUUAAUUGACAUUUGUUAGUCACUUUGAACAAACCAUGCCACUCACAUCACAUCAAAAAGCACAAUCACGUGUUUGGACUCUUUGCUGUCCAUGUUCCUUUUCCAAUCAUAAUCUGCUCUCUCAUAAUCUGCUCUCUCAUAAAUCCAAACUAUCUCUAUUCUCAUCAUAUUCCUAUACUGUCAAGUCAAGAUGUCCAGAUUUUCAGAGUAAACAUUCAUCUGUCUUAGAGGGUCACACAUAUUCACACUUUUCAAAGUGAUUUCUCUUUCUACAAGGUUUUGAUGUAGAACUGGGGUGGAAUGUCAUAUCUGUCUUCCUGACAUUUUUAAACAAUGAUUGUUAAUAACUAAAAGAACUUCUGCAAGAAUGGCUGACUGAACAUUUUUCAACUCAAGAUUGUUAUUAAUAAUUAAAAGUAU